AUUCUGCCAAACAUCCCAUCAAAAAGCUCUGUUCUCGUAAAAAGAAACACAGCCAAGGUGGAAGAUCUUAUCGUCAUAUUACUCUGUGAUCGGGUUGUAGUUGAUUUUUACAACUCAAAAUGGCUUUUCAUGGUAAUACGGAGCAGGGAACCCCGACAGACCCGGCAGAUACAGCUAUGAUGCUAGAUAUGAAUUCAGUCAAUAGUGCUACACUUGCUGAAGCCAACGAGAGCGAUUUAAUAGAUCAAGGUAAAAUCGCAAUCGACGAACUCCCCCGGAAAGGAAGUGCAAAACGAGGAAAAGCAUUAUUUGAAAGCCGAAUCAUGACAGAAACAGAGAAAUUCACACCUGACCUGGUGAUGGUGUCAGAGGGCGUUACCAAGGACAGUCUUAAAAAGUUCGAGAGUGGCAUGAUGUCGAGUUCAACUGUAGAGCGAACUCAGAUGGACGAUUUACCUGAGGCAGGCGUGGCAUCUCAAGCCAAAGCUGCUUUUGAACAUCGUACAGARACGUACACUCGUUACGAGGACGAAGACCUCACACGAAUCCAUGGYGGACUUGCUGCAUCAACAAAGGCCGCUUUCGAAGCAAAUCAAGUCCACAAUGCUGAAUUUAAGCGGGAACAUGAAGAGGAUGAGUUCAGGCCAGCAUCAGGAACAGCUGUCAACACCAAGCAAAUCUUCGAAAAAGGACAAGUCAGCAACGUUACCAGGAGCAAGGAAGCSGACGACGAGGAAGCCCUCCCUGAAAGAGGCGCCGCCUCGAAUAAGCGCCAACUGUUCGAGAAGGGAAUGGUAAGCAAUGUGACGUCAUCUCAGUUAAGUGAAGAGGACGGUMGACCUGAACACGGCUCCGCGUCACGGACUAAAGCGAUGUUUGAAUCAGGAGAUGCUUCCAUUAGAGAAGACACUGAACAAGGCGAAAAGGAUGAUCUUCAAGAGUUAGUUAAUUCUGGUGCUGCAAAUGUUGUUCGAAGGCGCUACGARUCCGGGGAACAYUCGAAAGAGGACCAGCGAGAAAAGCGGCUCAGCUAUACGCCAACUAAAGGUGCUUCAUCAGCUGCAAGGAACAUGUUCGAGCAGGGUGUCCAAAUGCAAUUCAACAAAGAAACAGACGARSAGGAAAAUCUACCUGAAUCAGGUCUAGCACGWGAYACCCGCGCUAGAUUCGAAAGAGGCGAAGUUCUGCGAGCCGAGGGGUCAGCAGUUACUUUCAAGGAUGACCUAGACACUGUGCAUGGKGCUGCWUCCGCUUCUCGGGCUGCGUAUCAGGCCGCCACCGAGAGRAMYGAGGUAGUUAAGAGACAAACAGACCUUGAGCAAGAGCUUGAGAUGAUCUCUCAAGUCAUGCAAGAUCCUAACCGAUUCAACGACGACGAUGAAGAAAAAGAUACAACUGGUAAACUUGUAGACGAGGAACUCAUGGCAACUGCUGGUAAAGCUACCGAAGCGAGACGACAGUUUGAGACUGGUGAACACCAAGCKCACACAUACAGGACUAUUGACCAGGAAAAUCUUCCCACAACUCCAGGUAGCGCAAAGGACAAGAAGACGCUUUACGAGAGUGGGCAGGUCAACAAGCAAGCCAAGAAGACAAUUGACGAAGAAGACUUCUCCGUAUCUGCCGGCAAAGCAAAAAGUACACAAAGCUUCUACGAACAGGGUCGAUAUCAAAAAGAAUUAAAAAAGAUGAUUGAUGAGGAAGAACUUCCGGUGACGUCAGGGAUUGCGUCAGAAACGAAGCGUUUGAUUGAUAGCGGUCAUUAUGUGCAUAGCCACAAGAAGGCUAUAGACGAUGAGGACCUSCCGUCCUCUACUGUUUCAGCCAGACAACAAAARCAGUUGAUUGAACAGGGAGCUUAUAUUCAUGCUCCUAAGAAGACACUCGAUGAAAGCGAACUUGAAGUUGCCAGAGGAGCUGCGGAUGAGCAGAGGAGAAGAUUUGAACAAGGUGUUAAAGAGCAUGAGACCAGAAGAACAAUUGACCAAGAGGAAGAGUUGGCUUAUGCGAAAGGAGCUUUGGAAAGCAAAAGGCUGUUCGAGCAAGGAUUCAAGAGUCAGAACACGAAACGAACUAUAGAUCAAGAAGAAGAACUUGCAUAUGCCAGGGCUGCUGAGAGUAAAAGAWUAUUUGAACAAGGUCAGUUCCAAACAAGCAGYGGAAAGAAAACUAUUGAAGAUGAAGAAGAACUUGCAUACGCCAAGGGCGCUUCCAACACAAGAAAGUUGUUCGAGGAGGGUGCUCUUGAGAGCAAGCCCAAGAAAUACAUCGACGAAGAAAGAUUCCAGGGUUCACUUACAGCAAGAAAACUGACAGGGGAAACGAAUGGAGAAGAGUACCACUACGAAGCGACACAAUCAAACAGAUUUGAGUCUGAGCCACAUGAAUCAGCUGAUAAAAGAGCUCUUCAGGAAGAACUGUCGACYAUUCACGGCGAAGCUAGUGAAAGACGAAGGUUUUUCGAACAAGGAGCCUUUGAACAAACCAGUAGAAAGAAGACAAUAGAUGAUGAAGAAUUACCAAUUGGCUCAGGAGCAMUGGAGAAGACGAGGCUGAUUGARCAAGGUCAGUAACUCACUUAGACAUGCUUAUGACACUACGAUACCUUGUAAUAAUACCUUUAUAUCAAAAGAAAAUAAGAAUGUUGUCUACGCUCCUUAAGGGUUCCCUGCGUCAACUUUAAAAGUAGCCGUGACKUACGACCGUUGAGUGUGCCAUGAUGGAAACCUUUUUCGCACCAACGGAUAAUUAUUCACAGGUAUCACGCUCAACGGCUGUCGCUUCGAUACAAAGGCGCGGCUAACUUUCAAGAUGGCGCAGGGAAUCGUGAAGGGGUCUACUUUGGCUUGUUCCAUUGGAUUCCCAAAGUAUUCAACCUCUCUGUUGUCUCUAAGGGUAUUAUCAAUCGGCACCAAAGAAAUAUAUCGAUGAAGAAGACUUUCCAGAAACGAUGAAGCCUCGUUAUGCACCAGCAUCACCAAGAGAAGAAGAACCAGGGCGAUACGUCACCACAGAAGCAAAACCUGGAGACAUACCAACACAUAAUGUCGCCCAAGACCAAAGUGGCACAAGUUCAUUCUCCAUCUCCAUCUCCAGUACUAAAAUCACGACUGAUUGAUUAAAAAUCAAUAAUUAGUAAAACUAUAAUUACAGAAGACGAAGCGCAACAUCAACUGUUUUUCACAKWAGAUAGAACUCUCUCACGGGACAAUUAAUACUACGAUAUWARCACAAUCAGAAGCAUCCAAUGCUGAUUUGYACAAGCGCAAGCUUGACAUAAACAUGAGAAUUUGUCCAUAUUGUUGCAGUUCGUACUCGUAACUUUUAAACAUAAGAGAAAGCAUAAAGGUUAUCAUGUUUGUAACGAGUUCUUCUGCUAACGUUUUUUCUUACUUUAAAUGUAGAAGUUUACAUAAAAACGUUGAAACGUUGAUGUUGCGAGUCGUUGGUAUAAAAAUCAUUUAAUGUAUUAGACAAUCAAAUUAGAAACAUAAUUCACAAGCCUUAUCAAAGAAUUGUUGUCAUUCGACCGGGAUCCCUGUGUUUUUGUAAGUUUAGUUUGAUUUAGCCAAUCUUUGCCAUAUAUGGAAACAGUCAAAAUGGUCGAUUAUAAAGAGAUCUUUUCUCUAUAAUAUCUGCAAAUUUUAGACUAUUUAAAGAUUCAAAAAUCGAGUUAAUUGCCAAAAAAGAGUCCACAUGAACUUCCAAAUAAGGUGAGAUUACCAUGUAUGGCUGCUAACCGAAGAACAGCGUUUCUGACUAGCAAUUUUAAUUCUCUUUUUUUUUCUUUUUUUCCCUUUCUUGCYUUCUGGUUUACUUUCCUUCGAUUUUUUAGUUAUUUUUAUUGCCACAUAACGCAUUCUUUUAAAAAUAGAAUUUCAAUGAGUUUUUAUAGUUUAAUUUUGCACUUUAAUUCAUCGGGAUUUCUUGGUAUCAUUUAUUUCCAUUACAGUCUUGGUAUUGAGCAUUUAUUUCUUAGUCAUUGAUAAAUAUCAUAAAUAUCUUAUAGACAYUGUAGCUAUAGCUAUCUGUCACUCGCGAAGCCACAUGCGUAAGAAACGGUCCACACUGCGAAAUAAGCAUGGGCGAUCCGACAGCAACCUUAAGGUCAGCGGAAAACUUUCUUACAAAACAAAAUGGCGGAAACUUCCGAUGGUGAUCAUUAGUUCAAACAGCGAGUUUAAAACUGUCAAUGGAUGACAUGCGCAGUAACAGUCUCACCUCUAACCGACUUUGAAAGUAUUACCUUCGAGGUAAAUCAUUUUGUGGUGCUUUGGACACAUUUUGGAAUAUAUAUUCUAGGUCUGUUUACGUUUACGAGCUGAUUUAUGUCGCGUCAACUUGGAGUCAUAAACUUGAAAACACUAGCCUAGUGUUUUCAAGUUUACUCGCGCAUGCGUUCCAAUUACAGUGUCCCUUUAAAUAGGUACCAAAUCAGCAUUUUGCCGUGCUCCAUGGACAAUACAAUAGACUUAGUUAUUAAAAUGAAUGAAGAAGACAAAAGGAAGUAGUUCUUCUUUAUUUAUGCUUUUGACUUARCUUAGCUUMUGUUUAUUCUUGUUUUUAUUGCUGYGGUKUUUAUGUCGAUAAGAUUGAYUUCAUUGCUUUGUUUUUCCCUUUGUUGUCAAGUCUGCUUAUGGRAGUGAAGAGAAGUGAGGGAGGAUGUAGAUCGUGAAGUGAUUGAGCCACRCAUGGACGAAUGAAAAUCACACAAAAGAAAGCGAAKAAAAAAACUUGYAUUCCGCUUUCUUCAUCGCYAGUAUCUCUCCAUCUUAUCCUGAAACUCUCAUUCAUUAAGCACCACGGGCCAUUUAUUGUGCAUGUAAUAAAACUGUAUCGUUUAACAUAAAAAUAUAAUUAAAAUUAGGAUGAGAGAGAACACAAACACGUCUCUUAAUGUAAUGUAACAAGCAAAAAGUAUUUUGUUAAUAAAAAUAGCGCUUAAUAAAAUCAAAAUCAGUUGAAGUAGAUUAA